AUGAUUGAAGCUGCUGAAGCAGGAAGUACAAGCAGCCUGAAACGAGGUUUCAGAAAACGUCAAAACCAAAAUGUUGAAACAAAUUCUCCUUUUAGCAGAAAUACUUAUUGGUUUGGUAGGUUAUGUCUAUGUGGUGGUUCUAUUAAUUUAACAACUCCCAUUCCAGCCCCGACUAAUUUUUGUGGCACUGCCGAAAUUAAACCCGGUUUAAAUGUACCUUAUUCUUGUUGCCCCCCUAAGCUAGAUAUUGAUCCUAAGGAUAUUCCUUAUUACAAGUUACCUCCCGUGUCCAAGCUUCGUAUUCGUCCAGCCGCUCAUGCGGUGGACGAAGAGUACAUGGUUAAGUUCAACUUAGCCAUCAAAAGAAUGAAGGAGCUCGACGUUAAAGACCCGAGUGAUCCACGCGGGUUUUCGCAACAAGCCAAUAUCCAUUGUGCUUAUUGCAACGGUGCCUACAAAGUUGGUGACAAAGAGCUACAAGUGCACUACUCAUGGCUUUUUUUCCCCUACCAUCGGUGGUACUUGUAUUUUUACGAGAGAAUCUUGGGCAGUUUGAUCAAUGAUACAAGUUUUGCAUUGCCAUAUUGGAAUUGGGACCAUCCAAAGGGCAUGCGUUUUCCUCCUAUGUUCGACCAGCCAAAUGUGUACCCUGACCUUUACAAUCCACGACGUAACAACGACCAUCGGGGUCAAGCAAUCUUGGACCUUGUUCAUUUUGGUGAUGAUGUGAAAGCAACUGACUUACAAAGGAUGUGCAAUAACAUGGUUCUAUUGUAUCGUCAAAUGGUAACAAAUUCACCAUGCUCACAACUAUUUUAUGGUAAGCCUUAUACUGUGGAAACCGGACCCAAACCGGGGCAGGGAGUCGUUGAAAACAUCCCUCAUACCCCGGUCCACAUUUGGGUUGGUACAGUGGUGGGUUUGGAUUUGGGUAAUAAGAAAUCAGAUGGUGAGGAUAUGGGGAAUUUCUAUACAUCAGGUUUAGAUCCUGCUUUCUAUUGUCACCAUGCGAACGUAGAUCGCAUGUGGACAAUAUGGCAAACAAUAGGAGGAAAACGCAAGGACAUUGAUGAUCCAGAUUUUUUGAAUGCAGAGUUGUUCUUCUAUGAUGAAAAUAAGAAGCCGUACCGCGUCAAAGUCCGUGACACUCUGAACCAUAAAAAAAUGGGAUUCGAUUACCUACACAUGCCAACUCCAUGGCGAAAUUAUAAACUAGUCAAGAAGAGCAAGACCAAACUCAAUGCACGUCUACUUCCACCAACUACCAAAAUAUUUCCUAUUGCAAAGUUGGACAAAGUCAUCUCAUUUUCCGUCCAAAGGCUAACUUCAGGCAGGACUCAACAAGAGAAAGACGCAAAAGAGGAGAUGUUAACUUUCAAGAAUCUGAGGUACGAUGUGCGAAAGCAAAUGAGGUUCGAUGUGUUCAUAAAUGCAGAGUUUUCAGGAAGUUAUACUAACUUGCCCCAUAUACAGAGAAAUCAAAGUGAACCACAUAUCACCACUAUUAAAAAUUUUCAGCUUGCCAUUAACGAGUUGCUUGAAGAAAUUGGCCUAGAAGAUGAAUACAAUCUUGUGGUGACUCUAGUCCCCAAAAUUGGGGGUGAAUUUGUCAGUAUUGAAUCUGCUGAAAUUACAUAUGAAGCUUGUUGAUAGGCCAGUGAUGGUCCGUUCAACUUCUUCUUACCCCUUAAGAGAUUUU